GGGGGUGUUUGAAUGAAAGCUUGAUGGUUAAAGUAAAAAGUAAGGUUUUGAAGUCCUAGCAGAAUAAUAUCUAGAGUUUCACAAUUUAGUUGUCCUGCACAGGUUCUGUUGACUCUUGAAUCUUCUCAGGUUUGCAGGAGCUAGUUAUAUGCCAUUGGAAUUUUCUUAGUGCAUCUACCAUGUUGCGUACCAAUUAAAAUAUGAGUUAAUAAGUGAAGAUGUUACACACCAGUGGUGGCUCAAAUGUAAAUGCUCUCAUCUGCUAGCUCUCGUGACUAUACUUUCUUCUUUUAGUUAUAAUUGUUAACAUUUACUUCUUUUCUUCUCCUGGGAUCUUUAGAAUUGCAAGUUUGAUGAAACAAUUGUGUCAUUGGAGGAAGUGAAAUAAAUGCUUCACUUUCGGUGGCCAUAUUGUUUAAAUUUAUCAGGUGCCUGGAAUCUGAAUACCCUGUGUAAUUUCGAGUUUGGCUUUCCUACUUUUCUAAGUCAUUUUGAAUGCUAAAUAUGUUUGUUCAAGGCAUUAAAUGGGAUGGGGUACUUGCCAUUGUUUUCACUUUUGUGCCUUUCUUGCCCUUUUCUAUUGCUACUGUGUCAGUUACAUUUGAUUAUUCAGGAUUGUUUGUAUUACUAAGGUGUUUAGAUGGAAUGUUCUGAUGGAAAGUAAUUAUUGCAGAUUGGAUUCCUGUACUUGAGAUAUGUUGCAGAUCCAAAGACUUUGUGGAGCUGGUAUGAACCAUAUAUCAAGGAUGAUGAGGUAUGCGUCAGGAAUUUGCUCCGGGAUCCAAUGGUAGGACGACCACCAUGGGUGUCUAUAUCAGGGACUUGCUUCUUGGACAGUACUACUUCGAUACGCUCUUUCCACGCAUCCCUGUUCCUGUCAUGCGUGCUGUUGUGUCCAAUCUUGAAAGACUGAAGCUUCCUACUAAACAUUGUGGUACAACCGGUGAAUCGACACGUGGAAACGAUGAAACUGCUCGUCGGCCACCAUCUGUAAAGGCUGCCCUUUCAGUCUCCUUUGGUCAGCGUGCUCCACAUCGUGCAUCAACUAGAGAUUCAUCUCCUGUCCGACGCACCUUUCCUCUGCCUUCCAGUGAGAGAGAUAACAUUGAUGAUUCAAGGCGCUCUCCUAGCAAUCGCCGAAGCCAGAGCCGUGAGUUGUCUGACCGAGAAAGAGGGCAUAGUCGGGAUAGGGAGAGAGAUAGAGAUGGAGACAGAGAUGGGGACCGGGAUCGGUAUAGGGAUCGAGGGAGAGACAGAGACAGAGAUAGAGGUAAAGAACGAAGGUAUGAUUAUGAGCAACACUCCAGGGACAGCAGAAGGGAUUAUGAGAGGAGGAGUUAUGAUGGUAGUCGAGAUCACAGGGAAAGUCGUUCCAGAAGGAGUCGAAGCAGGAGCAGAAGCAGAAGUAGGAGCCAAAGCAUGUACGAUCGCGGUAUGCCCAGUGAUAACCGUGAUAACCGCACUCCACCUCAAGAUGGAAAUGUGGAUAGAACGUCUGCAUCUAGUAAUCUUGCCAAACUCAAAGACCUGUACGGUGACUUGAACAAUCAGAAGGAGGAGACAGGCAAGAGUAGGGGUCCUAGGGAUAGUGGCACUGAGGAGGUUAUCAGGCUAGGUGGUUCUUCUUGGAGGUAGUAAGGGAUCCAUAUAUCCAUGCACUUGCCGUUAUGGCUGGUUCUUAGCUUUGUGGUCAUCUGACAUUAUUAUAUUGCCUUCUUUUCUUUGGCUGGAGAAACAUUUUUCUUGUUGAACUUAAAGUUGUCUCUCUCAUCUUUCAACAUUGUAUUGAAACUUAUCAACUAAUUUGAAAGAUACAUUCUUCAACGAGUUGCAAUCAAAUUAUGCCGUGAUCUGUACUUUGUAGUACAGAAUGUUUAGCUGGACUACUUUACAUAUAUAAUCAUUAUGUGUUUCGAUUUAGCUGUUAAUGGUCAAUUCUUCAGAAAGAUUCCCAUUUGCCCUGCUUGUAUUCUUAAUGAUCAUGUUUAGAAGCUGGAAAAGCAGCCAAGUCACCGCGAUUCACCUUUUGCACUGCCCUUUUCUGUAUUGAUCAGGGAUUUCUGUUGUAUUUUCUUUGUAGAUAGAAGAAAGUUUUCUUUGAUUGCUUGAGGAGCUUCUGAAUGAAAAAG